UUUUUUUUAAUCAAAUAAAUUUUUUUUAUUAUUAAACAUGUCUAACCCCAAGGUCUUUUUCGAUGUCGCCUCCAACGGUGCCCCUCUCGGUCGUAUUGUUAUGGAAUUAAGAGCUGAUGUUGUCCCCAAGACCGCUGAGAACUUCCGUGCUCUCUGUACCGGUGAAAAGGGUUUCGGUUAUAAGGGUUGUACCUUCCACAGAGUCAUCCAAGACUUCAUGCUCCAAGGUGGUGAUUUCACCAACCACAACGGUACCGGUGGUAAGUCCAUCUACGGUAACAAGUUUGCUGAUGAGAACUUUGCUUUAAAGCACACUGGUAUCGGUAACCUCUCCAUGGCUAACGCUGGUCCCAACACCAACGGUUCUCAAUUCUUCAUCACCACCAUCAAGACUACCUGGUUAGAUGGUAAGCACGUUGUCUUUGGUCAAGUUACCGAAGGUAUCGAUGUCGUCAAGAAGAUCGAGGCUUUAGGUUCCGAGUCUGGUAGAACCAAGGCUAAGGUCACCAUCGCUGACUGUGGUCAAUUAUAAAUUUAUUCUCUAAAAAUAUAAUCUCUUAAUAAUAAAUAUUUUUUUUUAUAAACCCAU